AUGGUGCGUUGGAAGGAUAUCAAACUCGAGCAAUUCCGACAUUCGACCGCCAAUGUCGGCAACCCUGAACUGGCGAUAGCUGGACAGUCAGUCGGUCUUGACCUUGUGCUCUUCUAUAUCCAGUUCUAUAGCUACAAUGUCGAGGCGGUAUUGACAUUCUUCUGGGCUAUUGCCCUCACGCAAUCCAUCUUUCAACUAGAACCUAUCAAAUCAAUGCGCCACCGAGCCAACUAUAUUGCUAAAGCUACUGCGGUUCUUCUACCUGCCUUGCUGAUGGGCAUCCUUCGAGUCGAUGCAGUUCAGAAGCAAGCGGUUCCGUUCCUGCUUCUUGCCGAUGGGAUCAUGGGGUUUUGCCUCAGUGGAAGUGGCGUCCUCCUCAUAGUCAUAUUAGUAAAAUACAUCCACACGCGCCGCAAUCUCCUGUCAUGGAACGUAGGUUAUGGGCAACAUUCGAAUAGUACCAAAAGCAGCGGUACUCUGGUCAUCGAUACCAGCACGGGAAAACGUCGUCAGAGCAUCUACGACAGAUGGCUUGUUGUACGCUUCAGUAUAGCGUUCGUAGCUCUGGCAAUCUUUCAGGUCGUCACGAUCAUGUUUCAAGUGUCUUCGGCGCGGCAGAAUAGUCGUGAUUUCUUGAAUGAUGGCCCGGAUCUUAGCACGGAGCGUCUUCACUCGGACCUGAUUCUCUUUUUACCUGGCGUGUCUGCAAGUCUGUUAACCUUCGUUGUUUUCGGCACAACGAAAACAUUCCGAGAUUACAUGGUAACGAAACUGAUACCGAGGCGCCUCCGCAAGUGGGGGAGGAGGAGGAGCAGACAGCCGUCUCCUCGACAGACACGAUUAUCACAAGCGUUCUCGCAGAGGAGCGCUCCGUACCCUCCUCGGCUCUCCCUUGACACGUAUAUUGGCAGCGAUCUCGAGGUGUACACUCCGACCGGAGAUGGGAAUGGCAUUCAGUUACGAGAAUUGAAUGCCGAUGGCUCAAGGAAGGCCGGCGAGGAUGAUCUACAUCCAUUAGUGCACGCCCCAAGUAGGCCUGAAAACGUGUAUUUUUAUCCAAAACAAUAG